GUUUCCGCUCAGAAUUGCCAGACGGCGCUGCUGCCAAAAUAUGGCGCUGUCAUGUCGGAUAAGAAUAUUUCUAAUACAAGUUUUAUUUAUAUCCAUCAUUGAUCAAGUUUUGCCGGAUAGGACGAGCCUGAAGAUAUAUCAACCUAUCCAGGCCGAAUUCUACUGUUUCCGAAGACUUAACGGGACGCACGAAUUUGGGUGUUCGUCUGAGAGGAGUGGGAACGUCGGCGUAGUUCACGUUGUGUCGACCGAAGAGGAUGUCCAGUUUAUUCUUGAUGAUGACAGCGGCGUCAAAUACAUUGCUGCUCUCCGCUCGGAUUUCUUCAACAUGGGUAACAUGACAAAGCUCCAAAACUCUGGCCGGGUUACCGGUGUUAUCGUGCUACGGAGUAGGCAAAUCCUCCCAGAAGAAGGCUUUUCGCCAGACAGCACAUGUCCAAAUGAUGGUUUUGGCCUGUACAGUGACAACAACCAGUACUCUGGGUGUAAAAAAGUUUCCUGGAAUGCCAAGAAUCCGGGUACAGACAUGUUCUUCACUCGCUGGAACUUUCCAAUCUUCUUGGUUGAUAAUGAGACAAGUAUUGAUAUUAUCGUUAAUAAGUGUUUCAAUGCCUACAACCUGCCCGAGAAAGGAACGCACGAGCGCAAGUGGCCCCUGUGUGCAGCCCAGCUUAGGAGCAGGAUGAGCGCAGCCAAAGACAGUGUGACCUGCAUUAGGCGGAGUGAGAACUUGGUCACCAUGAACCCCUUGCGCUACUGUGAUCCCCUCACCGAUAGAAAUGUUAUCUCUACGCUGUACCCCACAUCCACUGAAAAGGCAGUGAGCGACCGUUCUGUGGUUGUCGUCGGGGCAAGGCUGGAUACCUUCUCAAUGUUUGAUGGCCUUGCACCUGGUGCUCACUCGUCAGUAUCAAGUUUCGUCACAUUGCUUAUAGCGGCCCAGAUGCUUAACCAACUGAAGGUGGCCCAGAAACCAGAGUUUGUGAAGAACAAUGUCCUCUUCGUUUUGUUUAAUGGAGAAGCCUUUGACUACAUUGGCUCUAGUCGAAUCGUGUACGACAUGGAAAAGGGCCAGUUCCCACUUGUCAGCCAGUCGGGGUCGACCAAGGUGCAGCCAGCAAAUCUGGCCCUGAAGCACAUCUCUCACUUUGUGGAGCUCAGCCAGGUGGCGCCACUGGGAGAUCCCAGCACCAUUUACCUGCACACAGAUCCUGUCUCGACAGGCACUGCUGAAGUGAACCAGACGGUGAAGGAACUGGUUGAGCAGAUCAAGAGUGCUGCUGAAGCCAAGCCUCUGGAGCUCACUGUAGAAGCAUCACCCCACGAGCAGCCAUUGCCUCCAUCAUCAGUACAGCGCUUUCUGAAGAAGGACAAAAACAUUGCUUCUGUGGUCAUCACCAACCACAACAAGCAGUUCCUAAACAGGUACUACAACAGCUACCUUGACACCUGGGAAAACCUGAACUCUACAGGGUUGGACCUGCAGGCAGUGGCAAAACACCUGACCAAACUGGCUGCAGCUGUGGCCUCCGCUGUCUUUAAGGUCAUCACAGGGGAGGAUGCCAAGGGCCUCGCCUUGGACAAGUUCAGGACGGCGGAACUCCUGGAGUGUUACAUUCUGAAUGCUUCAUGCACCUUGUUUGGUGAAGUCACAAACAAAGCCUCUGUGUCAGCUAUGAGAAGCGCACCGUUCCCUUUGUAUGUGAGUGUGGAUCCAAACGGCCGCACAAUCAAUCCGUCCACAGUCCUGACCCGGCUGGUCAUGGCCUACCUCACGGGGGAGCACCUCAAGAAGGUCACCAAGGAGAACUGCACCUCCCUUGCUGAUUCAGACAGGCUCCACCAGUACAGCUGGAUGGAUGGCCCAGAUGUGAACGAAACAGGCUUGUGUGUGCGGUCCACCACAAUGAUGACACUGGCACGUUCCCCAGCACAUGACCUCAAAGACUGGAGCACACGGGAGUACUCAACAUGGACCGAGAGCGUGUGGGAGGAGGCAUCGCUGCAAGUGUUCCUCAUGCCCAGCUUUCGGCAGGAGGUGUCUGUCCUUGUUGGUGGCAUCGCUGUGUUCCUCAUCUCGCUGCUCACUGUGCACUGCCUGAACCAGAAGGCCCUGGUGCUGUUCACGCCACGCGCCCUGGUGGGCAUCUAGGGAAGCGACACAAAUCACAUUGCUUUGGCCGACUGGACGAGCUACCAGGCAGGCGACAAUAGUGGUCGACUGCCGCCCCCCGCUGAACUUUAGAGGCACGCAACCACCCCAGGACAGUCAUUAAAAUUACAGCGCCCCCCCCCCCCCCUUCCCCACUUGUUUAUUAAGUUCAUUAACUGUCUUUCCUUACUUUCUAGUUCACAGUUCUUUAAUUGUGGUGCCGUUCUGACUUAAAAAGUAUUUUGUGUGAGACGGUUAGCACGUGUCUCAUUAUGCGUCACAUUGCAUAGAGCUGUAGAAGCGCUUCGGGGAAGUUGUCAUUGUUUAAAACUUUUCACAUUGGGUGUUGCUCGUCACUUGUUUAUGGGCCUUUUUCUAUCUGUGUGCAAAAGGCAGGCGUACAAGACACGGACAAAAGAGGAAGGAAAAGGACAACACAAGGGCCAACUAUUAACUGAAAAGUUAUGCCUUUGCUUGGCCUUUCAGUUAAUAGCCAUGCUUUGUCUUGUCCUCUUAGUUCCUCUUGUGUCCGUGUUUAGUAUGCCUGCAUUUUCAAACUAUGAACUCCUCCUAACUUUCUCAACUUUCUGUCAUUAUAAAUGCUUUUUUGUGGUUAGCAGCACUUUAAUCUUUAUUUCUGUUACGGCUGAUUGAAAUAGUUUUUUUGUUAGAAGGCAGUUUUUCUACAGUUCCUGCUCUCUCAGGUUGCCAAAAAACAAAGCACAGAGAGUUCAUAAUAAGUACGAAGUUGAGGAAUCAUGCUCAUAGCCAAAGUCCCAGUAUUACAACGCAACCACGUGCGAUAGUGCAUGUUUUGUAAGCUCUUUGGUUUCUUGUAGCAGUCUGCAGAGUGCAUUUUUGGAAACUGGAAUAUAGGUGUAGCCAUCGUCAAUUUUAUUUCACAGAACACAUGAAAUUUGCUAGCAGCUUUAGCUAUGGGUACAAGAGAAGAUCUGGCAGCAUUGCAAGUGUUGCACUUUAGCACCUGGUAUUUCUCUUGCUGCUUCAAAGUAAGUGAGAAGUGCAAGGUUAAUGAUAUUCAUGUCAUGUUGGUUUUGCACAUUUUAUUACAGCUGCCUUGAUGUGCACAUUAACAGAGUAAAACCAGUUCGAGAUCGCAUCUUGGCAGCUUUAUUCAUUGUGCGUUAAGCUUUAAUUAUGCACCAUGUGUAAAGGGGUUUUGGGUUCCAUGAUAUCAGCACAAUUGUUACGUGCAUUCAUUUCCAUCUUGAUUUUUGUUGCACAUAAACACAAAAUUUGUGCAUGGCCCACACCUUCACCUUAUACUUGGUUUUUUUUGGAAUUCUUGGUGCGGCUAACAUGAGCAAAAAUAUGGUAUGUCAUUUAUAGGACCAGCUUCACAGCUUGUGCUCUUGUCAAAAGCAGGGUGCAUGUCAUUGGAAGAGAUGUGUUGAUUAGUUUUUGACGGAAACAGCUUAACAGACAGAUUGUGUAUGUGCAGUUUUUCUGUAUAUGUGUUUACUUCUUAAACUUCACUGUCUCAAUGAAGCCACCAGGUGCUAGUCAAAACAGUUGUAGUGCACCUUUCUCUGUGUUUGCCAUCUAGGUGCAGUGAGCAGCUGUUAAGCGAUGCAUUGCUGCACAGAGAGCAAAUGCCAAAUGCACACUGUUUGCAGUGUAGUUAUUGUAGCUUUCUCUGCAGCGAACAAUAACCCCCACAGAAUUGGCUCUAUCGUAAGCUGUGUCACACAACCAGCUAAUUUGGCAGUUAAGCUAACUGCUAGAAGUUCUUUAGAAAGAAAGCUUUCCAUUUUAAAUUUGUUGGGUCUAGGAAUCAAAUCUGAUACCACCACUUUCUUGGCAUUUGCUAUAUCAAGCUGACCAGGAGGCUUGCCAAUAGUACCACAAUUGCAAAUUAAUGAAUAGCUGAAAGCACAGGGAGCAAAGCCUUAUUUUUAUAGGCUUGCUUGGUCAUUUUCUUGUAGGACUACAUUUACAACUGGCACAUAAGAAUGUUAAAUGUAGGGUACUUUGCUUUGCACAUCUAUUUCUGCAUUGUUUUGUUCCACACAGCUGAUUUCUUGGCAUUUGAUUAGUGGCCCACUUGCAUGAAUGUAGGAAGAAUAGGAAGAAAGUUAGUACAUCAGUUGGUAUUGGUGGUAAGCCAUGAGGCACUUGCAGUUGGAAACAAUGAAAUGCAGUUUCAUGCCACCUUGGUUAAAGCUGUGAACAGAGUGCACAGAUGUUAACUUGGCCUCAGUAAUAGUUCACUGAGCAGGACUUGCUCCACGCUUCAGCCUAGAUUACUCUGUUUCGUGAACACUGGUAUUGCUUAUGCAACUUGAGGUUUCACCAAGAUUAGUGAAGCAAAUUUUGUAGCAUCUGCUGACUGGCAUGUCUGUUAUGUUGGUAGAUUCUCAUAGCAUGGCACUGUGGUUGUGGCUUUGCAACAGAAACAAGCUUGAAACAAAAAAUCAGUGCUGCAUGCUUGAGUGCCUACGUUAGCGUGGCUUCAACACCUGCUAACAAACAGGUGCAAGUUGAGUGUUACAUAGUGGGUGCGUUUAACUAGUGUUACUUAACUGCAAACGGUUUUUGCAAGUGCUUCAACUUUACCUUCGAAUCCAUGUCCUGUCAGCCCAACAAACAGUAUUAAUAAGCAAUGCUGUGUUUGAGAAACUGUUCCCAUUGCUUUGAUGGCCUCUCCUUGCUCACACUGUUUUUUUGGUAGUUUAUUUGUUUCAUCAGAAUGGUCCCACAGGUGACCACUUUCGUGGAAUGUCGUGAAACCAUUUGCGUCUCUCAACAUCCCACAUCACAUUGUGUGCUACGGCCAAACUUUCUUUCUUUCUUUUUUUUCUAAAUAAUGUCCUACUGUGUGUGUCGCAAGUAAGUGCUGCGCUUUAGGUACUUGUAGUUUGUCCAUCGGGGGUUGCCUAUGAAUGUGCCUGUUUCAGCAAGGGGGAGCGUGGGCUUUUAUUCCUGCCGUGCUUGGGCUCAAAGCUGCUGACCCAGUGCAUCUCCUUGCACGUUUUGACAGCGAUCGGUUGCAGCAGCGUUUUGCUCCCAGAUGACAACUCCAGGCGAACCUUGAUACAGUGAGCUUGGAUAUAUAACGAAUUAUGUGUUAUGCAAAAGUAAAUCUAGAACAUUUCUUGUCUUUGUCAGCCUGUAAUGAAUACAUGCCUGUAACAAAUAUUGGAUAUAACGAAUGUAGUUGCAUGUUGGAUGUGCCUUCGUUAUAGCUUGUCUCCAAGGAGCGAGGACGAAAGCGACAACUGGGAGUUUUUCUCAGACACCAAGAAAAUAAUAAUAAUGUCAUCUGUGAACAAACCUACCUGGGUCACCCUGAUAUUUUGCAGACUGCAGAAGGGGUUUCUCGUUAAAAGACCACUGCCGCUUCUGAUCGUUCUCUGCGGUUGCGGGAGAACUGGGCAGAGACAAAAAGUGCCUUUGUCUGCCAAACUACUGUGAUUUGUGUGAAACUCUUGAAAUGCCAACAAGAUGCGACUGAGCAAACGAAGCUCAUAUUGUGUGAAGUCCAUUCCAUGAAAGCAUUGCAUCACUUGUGUAGGUGCAGUGAUCAUCACAAACUGUUCUCCGUUGAGGAGGUACUUGUAAUUUUUUUUUACCCAUUUUGAAGUGUACAUUCUUAAAGAAAUGUAUGAGAUUUUUUUUUUUAUUCUAGGACGUGUGUGUGUGUGUUUGAUGCUAUGUAUAAAGUGUAUUAUAUUAUACACUAUAUUAAUUUCCCUUCCAGAAGUGUGUAUGUGUAGCGUGAUGCUAAAGUGUGAUAUUUAUUGCAAAAAUUCCUGCAUGUGGAGUUCUUAGUAUACCAUGUUCGAAAUGGAAGUGAUGCACACUGCUAUAUUUGAAGCAGUCUAGACUGUGUUUCAGGAAAUAGUGGAAAUCACAAAGGCAAAUUUUAAUCUGUGGUUUGUGAGACUUAAGUGAAUGUGUCUGCAAUUGCUUAUAAAUCUUGCUGCUUUCGUGUAACUUUUCCCAUCGCCUCUUAUUUUUGUAGUCACGUUGUCGACACAACCAUGUGUUUGUUGCUGAUGUGUGCUUGUCCUAGAGUAUGUGUAAUAGUCUAGUCCCGGAAAAUUCACUCGCAACUCUUCAUUUUGAAAGAUUUUUUUGCAGAUUUCUUUUACGGUAUACAGCAAAACUUCGCUAUAAGAAACUCGAAGGGUCAGCUGAAAUUUGUUAUAUCCAUUACUGUGUUAUAUCUGUUGUCGACCCUCACAGCCAACGUUGCCUGAAGGUGGGGUGUGGUCACUUACAACUGGGUAAGCCAAGGGUGAUCCAAAAGCUCACAGAGCAUUGACAAUAACUGCGAUAGAUUGUUUUUCUGGUGCAACUUCGUCCGCGAAAUUAUGCAUUCUUCAAUGCAGCUAUCAAUGCUAGUUCACCUCUGCUGUCGUCAGAUGCUCAGAAGUAGUGGCAAAACAGAUUUCAUCAGUGCACGAAAUCAGAGGCUUGCAGCACUUUGCUGUUGCAUUCAUGAAAGUCUGAUAAGCCUUGCAAUCACCAAGAACAUGAGAUGACAAUUUGUAUUUUGUAACGAUCCAUUUUGUUUUUCAUUGUUAUUUUACAGACCUGGUUGCUUAUCUUGGGGGUAAGAGCAGUGACUUCCUCUGAAUCAUUAACAAGGAUUGGCAAGAAGUGGAUCAUUGCACAAUACAGUCCCAGGACACCAAAAACAUCGUGGCUGCGCAUGCACAGCGUUUUUUAUCACAGCCACGAUUAGAUAGUGCCGCGUGCACCAAGCAUCUUUAAUCCAUGUACUUCAAGCCACGUGCUCCACUGCUCGCAUUUAAUUUCAGGGUAAUUGUAUAUGAUUAUGAACCUCAAUCAGUGCAAAGCGUGUUGUAUCCACUGAGCCAUGCACAGAGUGAAGGCAAGUGCGGUGGCAAGGCAACAAUGGUAGUUUAUGGGCAGGGCUGCUAACUUGGCAGCGCAGCCAGUUUUGUGCAGUGCCAGGUAGCCGACAACUCGCGGUACUUUUGAACUGUUGCAUCAAACGAGUUUUAUCAGUAGCAUCUCACAUCGCCUGAGUUCAUCCUAAUCGGUGCAAAAUGGUCAUUAAAUUUUCAUUAUGAACUAAAGAAGGAUUCGUUAUACCCAUUUAUAGCAAACCUUUGUUUGAGUGAAACGAGGCAUAUGCAUGGGUUUCUAUAAGCAGUUUAAGGGGAAUUACUUCAUUAUAUCCAAUAAUUUGCUAUAACCCACUUUGUUAUAACGAGGUUUCGCUGUAUUCAGAGCCAUAUUCACGGCCACGGUUUAAUUCUGCUUUAGAUUAGUGACUUAACUGUCAUAGAUGCUUUUUUUUCACAUUACCAAGGUCAGUUGUUAAAGUGCUAUUACCGAAUUUUCUUUACAAUGCUCGCUACUUUCUGCAAGUACAGAACUUGUGCAUUGAAACUUCUUUAGGCACUGUACAAAGAUGUAACAUGGUGUGCCAAUAUGAAAGCGAACACCUAGUCAGCACUGAAGCAAGAAUUAUUUCAGAAGUGCAGCGGCAUACCUCACUCGGUAAUGCUUGCAUAAUAGCUUAUUUUCAAAAACCUAUUCUGUCACACUUCCUUGGUUUUAUCGCAGAGACCAAGACAAUAAACCAAUCCGUUCUCACAGUGAGCUUCACUAUGCUAUCACUGUAGUUAGGGAUGACAGUAAUGGUAGUGCUUAGCAAACUGAAUGGCAACCAUGGCUGAGAGAUUAUAGCACUAGUAUUUUAUUUUAAUUUGUGAUUUAUUGGUACACUUGCACCAACACACCAUCAGAAUCCACUUAUGAAAAUUGCAAUUCAGCUUGCCUUGGCUUUAAACUCUGCUUGCCUCAAGCCCAAGUACAGCGUAAAAGCAGUGAGGACUUAAGGUGUCAAAGAGCUGCCAGGACAGGUGUGCGUGCACUCCGAGUGUUGCGAGAUCGAAUGCAGUUAAGUGCCAUCUUGAUUGCAAUUCAUGUGUUCCCUUUCAUAUUGGCCCUUACUGCUGGUAUGUGCGGCUGCAGGGACGCAAAAUCAGAAAAGCAGCAUUCACCCUUGCUUUUUAUGUUGCCAUGCUCCAGUUCAUGAAGAAAAAAAUUGCUGGUUUCUCAGGUAGUGUAUUUAAACAGGUCAGUUACUGGAGAUCGCUGGGAAAGCCCCUCGUCAUGCAGUCUACAUGAAAUAGGCUGAUGAUGAUGACGAGUCAUAUCAUGAGCUGAGGCAUGACAUGCCAGAGAGAACGCUAAAGCAAGGAAGAUUUCCAGAUGCAUGCACCUGGAAAUUCUUGUACCAGCUUCUUUUAAGAUUUUGUAGAUUUUGGUAGCAUCGCUCCUCAGGGCUGCCUAAUUGUUUACCAAUAACAAAGGAUUGUACACACUGAAUAGGAAAACUGAGAAAAACACAACCGCAUUAAUCUUGUAGACUUUUUUUUCCCACCAAAUAGAGCCCAAUUGCACAAAGAUUUUGUAGCAUCAGAACAAUGCAGUCAUCUCCUGGCAUGAAGUGUAGCAAGAAAAAAUUGGCCUUUAUUUGGACUGCUAUAAGUCCUUCUCGAUCGAAGAAAUGCUGUCUUUUGAACUAGCAGUGUACCAGUAGUAAAAUGAUUUUGUUUCUGUUUAAUGUCCCUCCAAUGUGUUUUAUGGCUGCAUGGUGAAUCACUUCAUGUGCACUGUUUUGAUCUGUGCUUUGCAUAUCACAUAUAGGGAAACCAAACACAAAUGUGGACAUAUUUUACUAUUUCGUGCUUUUUUGGGCACUUGUUUUCAGGCUGCACUAAUUGGAUGAAAACUUGGAAUGUUGCACCUUGCAGUCUAUCUACAAACAUGUCAUGUCACAGCCCAAAGGAGAGUUGGAAAAGUAGCAUAACUGUAAUGUACUAGAGGAAUGAUUGCUUCUGCAGUGUGAACUGUACAUUAGGGGCAGGAUAAUGCAACAAUUCCUUUUUGUUCUUUUCCUUUUUCCACUUCGUCAGUGGUCCGAGCAGGGCUCUGCCUACAUUGAUGCCAAGAAAGGAAUGGAAUUGAGCAAAAGGCAUCGCUACAAUCUACCUGCCCACAUUUGGUUUAUAGAGGACUCUCAACACUGGUGUCUUUAUGAACCGUUCCAGUCCACAUUUGCCUAAGAUAUUACAGGUUAUUUGUUGCACAUUGCAACUUUUACUUAUUGUUUUCUUCAGCCAUUAUGUAUUAGAGAGCCUCUUUAAUUCACUGCAUUAGACCUGGUAAGGCCACCAGUCCUCGCAUCAGGAAAUGGCCAGGUUGUACUUUGCUUCAUGACCAUUUCUUCUAGAUGUCUGCCAGCCACAGGGCAUGGUGAUGUUGAAAGACUGACACAGAGGAAAGCAUUCAGAAAGACGCUCAGUUGCAACAAAUUUUUGUCUUUGGAGAGUGUGGACAUAUUCAACUCAGCCAAUUUGGUAAAAUGUUGCACUAAUGAUGUAACUAAAGCAGCGGCAUUUAAAACAUCACCUUUUGUUUCAUUACCUUGUGCACUAAUAACCUUGGGUGCAAUGUGUAAACAUCGAAGGUUCUUUAGGGAAUUGGUUUGCCUGUUUUUCUAUAAGUUAAAAACUGUAUAUAACUAUUAUAUGCUGUUCAACUGUACUUGCUGUCGCAUGGAUAAAAUGGAUCCCAUAAGCGCUUAUAAGGAUACAUUUUUAGCCGGUCUAUAGUUUCCUGUAUUGCAUGUAGCAUAAUGGAGAUGUUGCUGAAGAUCACUGGACAUCUGACAGUAUUCUGUAAUGUACUUAAUAAAAUAAGUUAUCAGUUGUGUUAACUAUGAAUAAUCGGUCAUUGGAGGCUAUUUCAAGCCCUUCGCAAUAAGACGUGGCUGUGAAUGUGUCUAGUUCUUGAAAGUGAGCAAAAAUUUAAGCACAUACCACAUUUUCUCUAGUGCUACACUUUCACUAAGAUCCUAAGAUUGCAAAGAGCUGCAAGAUGCAGAUGGCAUGAUACAUUUUCUAUAACAGUGAAAGUAGGCAUUACUUUCAUCUUGUGUGGCAUGCUGUACAGUGAAAUCCUUUAUGUAAUGGUCAUCUCUGAAGUUGCAGCCCAGAAUGGCUGCACAUUUCUGCUGCAAAGCAACAGCCUUACUUUUUUUUUUUUCCACAUUUGCACUUGCAAAUGUAGGGCACAUUAUUGCUGAAGUGUAUGAUUGUAUCUGUGUUAAUGAAUGCAGUCAUGACUCGCAUGUGGCUUUACUUCUACUGUGUGAAAAUGCUUGUUGAACAAGCUUGUUCACAAACUGCAGUGCUGUCUUGCUCAUCUCGCUUUGUAUUAAACUUGCAUGAAAAACCA